AUGGUCUUCCCAGGCCGCUUCAGCACGGGCUGUUUGCGCUGUCGCCAGCGCAAGGUGAAGGUGAGGAAACCUCUGCCAUGCGUAGAAUCUGCUGUGCAAAGACUGAUAAUAUCUCUCAUCAAGUGCGACGAAGCCAAACCCACGUGUCGGAGAUGCUACAACUACGGCAAGCCAUGCCUCGGAUACACUGAUCAGUUUCACUUUCGACAUUCCUCUACACAGAAGCCCAGGCUCGAGAAAGCUUCACCGACCGCGUCGAGCCCUCAGGCUUCUGAGGGGACUGGGGGAAGCGUCUCACCCAAUUUUCGCAGGCGAGCCAAGGAUGUCGCUGCAGGGACUAACGACCAACUUCCCCGGGCCAUCAUUCGACAGCCGACGCAAUCGCACGAUAACGUAUUUCUGUCCUACUUCGUCCGUCGUUUUGUAUCGCCCGAUGAAGGCGAUGGGUUCCCCGGCCACUUUACCUUUCUCCCCGACCUCUACGAUCACUACAAGCAUGGCCUGCUCGAAACAGCCACCCUCAGUGUCGCCCAAAUGGCGGCAUAUAAUCAGUUUGGGGGGGAGGAACUUCGGACACACUCGUUUAGGAAUUAUGGCCGCGCCAUUCGAAGCUUGCAAGAGAGCAUCCAGACUGAUAGUCAGGCCAUUGAUGACAAAGUGAUUGCGACCAUUCUGCUACUCUGCACCUUCAAGGACAUCAGCGGAGAAGGCUUGGGUGAUCCAAAGGAACAUGCCCCAGGACUUUUUUAUCUACUAGAGAAGCGAGGGCCAUGCCAGAUUGGCACGAGGAGGGGAGCUGAGCUUUUUCUUCUGGCUCAUCUACGGCUGCAAAUCUACUCCUUCCUACACGAAGACGAUACGUACACCGACCCCGGUGCCAUAGCUACAGUCAUGGGGCUCUUUGAUCCCCUCCUUCGGGCAUUAUCCAUGAUGUCAAGGACCCUGUCACUCCGACAUCGCCUGUCAAAACUCAUGGAGUAUGCUGCACAGAAGAACGAGGAGGAUGAUCAUUGGCCACACACCGAAAGCAGGACUGAGCCCGAAGACGAGGAACUCUUAUUGCAAGAGUGUUUUGAAAUGCUCGAUCAAUUUCACGUCUGGGAUCAGCAGGCUCCGUCGUAUUGGCACAGCACCUUUGAAGGCCGAGCCGCGCCAACCGUGCUCGGCGAAAUGGGCUCAAGGAUGACGUACUGCGACUCUGAGACAGCUUGUAUCAUCAUCCUGAUUCGCUCGGCGCUCCUCAUAUUACUAUUGACAAUGUUGGCAUAUCACAGCCAACUGCAGUUGGUUCAAGAGACAGAGGACGGCUCUCACCGUGACCUCUGGGCCGAGUGUAUCCCAGUCCUAGAGUCAGACGUGAGGAGAGCUAUUGAUGACAUGUUAACAAGUGUUCCGUUUGCAUUGGGCGAUGUAGACUCAACUGGACGGCCUACCACCAUGCUUUAUGAUGGAGCAGCAGCAAUUGUCAUCGUCCACUCCAUCAGACUAGUGUCGCAUUGCGCUUAUGCAACAACAGCUCAGCUCCAGAAGGCGAGCGAGAUUCUGACCAGAAUGAACUCGACUAUAGGGAUAAGGUCUGCAGUCGGAUUUGGUGGGGGGGGUUACAGUGACUCUAGGUGGGCCCAAGAACAAGAAAUCCUUCGCCCGCUGGCGUCUUCAUUGAUGUUGCAAUGUCGAACAUUGGAUGAGACUGAGACUGGUCUUGUACAUCUGGCUUAA